ACCGAAGGACCAAACAUAAUGUGCAAUGGGACCAUUUCCCAUAUAAUUGAAGAACAAAGCCAAAAAGAUUAUCAUCUCACCCAACCACUCCCAAAAUUUCGGCCACACACUCUCAAGGAGGAGGAGGAGCUCUGAAAAUAUCAUCCUCCAUAGCUACAACCGAGCUCAAGGUUGAAGAAGGCUCAAGGAAGAAGAAAAGCUUGGAAAAGAAGAGAAAAACUUAGUAAAACUAAGGAAUUUUACCAAGGUAUUCUAGACUUCUCAAGGAACCUAGGAGUGGCCGGAAAAGUCACCGGAGCCGCCGGAGUUUUUGCCGGAAAAUUCAAAAGUCGCCGGAGUUCGAACAGAGAAGAUAAAAGCUUUCUAGUGUCAUUUCAAGGUUGAAGCUAGAGCUUACUUCCUGCACCCGUUGCUCGGGAGAUCGAUGGAGAGAAGACGUGAUCGAAACAUGGCAAAACUGUUGAGUGGACCAUGAAAGAUUUACUUCAAGGUUUGGAGGAGUUUGUGCCAAUAUAUGAAACACGCCCCAUCAAGAACAACAUGUAUGGCAUGGGAUUUGACCAUAGUUUUGGUCUAUGGUUUAUCACCAGAUGGUUGAAACCCGACUUGAUGAUUGAGAGUGGUGCUUUUAAGGGACACUCGACCUGGGUUUUGAGACAAGCAAUGCCAAACACACCAAUCAUUUCUCUGACUCCUCGUCAUCCCUUGAGGUAUCUUAAGAAGGGACCUGCUUAUGUUGAUGGAAAUUGCACAUACUUUGCCGGAAAAGAUUUUGUUGACUUUGGAAGUGUUGAUUGGGAAGUAGUUCUUAAGAAACAUGGAGUAAAAGAUAUUAGUCAAGUUAUUGUCUUUUUCGAUGACCAUCAGAAUGAAUUGAAAAGAUUAAAGCAAGCACUUAAGGCUGGAUUCAAGCAUCUUGUUUUUGAGGACAAUUACGAUACUGGUACAGGAGAUCAUUAUUCCUUGAGGCAGAUAUGUGACCAGUUCUAUAUAAUGGGUGGUGGCCACAGUUGCUUCUUGGAAAGCGAUGAAGCUAAGAUAAGAUCAAGAAGGAAGAAAUUCUGGGAAAAGGCAGUUGACACGGAGGAACUUUGUGGGCCAGCUGAAGCAUGGUGGGGUGUGAGAGGUGAAAUGCGGGAUGACUUUAGUAAACGCAAUAAGGCAAUCACUUACAAUGAGCAUUUUCAAAACAGCAGAUUCGUAGAAUCAGUACUUGAUAUAUACUGGGAACUACCCCCUGUAGCAGGUCCUUCGUUAACUCAUCAAAGGAGAUAUGAUCCAGCUCGUUCGUCACCUCCCAUUGUGGAAGAUGGCAGGUAUGGAUUGUUUCAGAGACUGGGGUUAUCUAGGCUCGAGACUUCUGUAUUUAAUGGGUAUACACAAAUGGUCUACCUUCAAGUGUCUCCACAAGAAUCUUAGCUUCCUUAUUUCCCCCCUCCCUCCAAAUUUCUUCUUCGUUUUGGAUGUACCUUCUGAAAUAGGUACUAAUUGACACCUAUUUUUGCAAGUUUGGUCCUACUGUCUAUAUUUUGUACAAUUGACACCUUUUUUCCAGUUGCUAAUGGCUUUUAUCGAAAUAAAAGUAGUUGAAAACAUGAUAAGUAGUUUAACGGGGC